ACCGGCCAAGAAAAAAAGAAAGAAACUCUUAACGGCCAAAACCCAGCUUCAGUGAGUCCUCUUAUUAGUAGCACAGAGACGAGACUAGACUCUAGGGCAGGUGAUGCCAUCCUCAAACCCUCGAGCUCGCCACUUUCCACCACCAAUGUCGUCGACGUCCUUAUCCCCCGAAGGAGAAGAAGUAGCAGAAGAAGAACAAGUAGUGACUCCAUGGGAGGUAUCCGCCAAGCAAGGCGGCAAAAUUGACUACGGCAAACUGAUUGAUCAAUUUGGCUGUCAAAGACUCGACCAGUCCUUAAUCGACCGCGUCCAACGCCUCACUAAUCGGCCUCCUCACGUUUUUCUCCGCCGCGGCGUCUUCUUCGCGCACCGGGAUUUUACUGAUAUUCUCGACGCCUACGAAAGAGGAGACAAGUUUUAUUUGUAUACCGGCCGUGGACCUUCUUCCGAAGCCCUGCAUCUCGGCCAUCUUGUUCCGUUUAUGUUCACCAAGUACUUGCAGGAUGCUUUUAAGGUUCCACUUGUAAUACAGUUGACUGAUGAUGAGAAGUGCAUGUGGAAGAAUCUGUCAGUAGAGGAGAGUCAGAGACUUGCACGAGAGAAUGCUAAGGAUCUGAUUGCAUGUGGAUUCGACAUUUCGAGGACCUUUAUUUUCUGUGAUUUUGACUAUGUUGGUGGUGCCUUCUACAAGAACAUGGUGAGGGUUGCAAAAUGCGUCACUUACAAUAAGGUUGUUGGCAUUUUUGGUUUCACUGGGGAAGAUCACAUUGGAAAAGUUAGUUUUCCUCCUGUUCAGGCUGUUCCAUCCUUUCCAAGUUCAUUUCCACAUCUUUUCUCUGGUAGAGAGAAUCUUCGCUGCUUGAUUCCAUGUGCAAUUGACCAGGAUCCUUACUUUCGGAUGACACGAGAUGUUGCUCCUAGAAUAGGAUACAGUAAGCCCUCAUUGAUCGAAUCAACAUUCUUUCCCGCACUUCAGGGAGAGACUGGCAAAAUGAGCGCUAGUGAUUCAAAUUCUGCUAUAUAUGUGACAGAUACUGCAAAGGACAUAAAAAACAAGAUAAAUAAAUAUGCCUUCUCUGGUGGACAAGAUACUAUAGAGAAACAAAGGAAGUUUGGAGCAAACCUUGAGGUGGAUAUACCCAUUAAAUAUCUUGAGUUUUUUCUUGAUGAUGAUGCUGAACUGGAACAGAUUAGGAGGGAAUAUGGAGCUGGGCAUUUGCUAACAGGUGAAGUUAAAAAGCGGGUUAUUGAAGUUCUAACUGAAUUGGUAGAAAGACAUCGCCGAGCCCGUGCUGCAGUGACUGAUGAGCUCCUUGGAAUGGAGAAUAUUCAAGAGAAGCUUUCAGAAAUUUUUUUUUGAAACUUUUAAGGCAGAGAAGCUUUCAUUUGAUCUUAGUGGAUGUUUAUUUCUUUCAACGUGUACCUUUGGCCAUCCAUAAUGUGAAGGAGCUAGGGCCUGAAGUCAGGGGUUGCAAUCUUCUACAGUUAAGUAAUGGAACAUUUGAGCCUUUGAAGAAAAUAUCUCAGUAGUACCUGUAACCACGUAUGCAAAAAUGGUUUAGUAAUUAGUUAUACAAUUUGUGAAUUAAUGUACUAUGAGGGAGCAGUUAAUCAAAUUGGCUAAUCCUAAUACCUAUAAUGUACUUAAUUUGUCUUAGUAUUCAAAGUAAUUUCUUGCAUUAUUCAUGUUAGUGUUGCUUGAGCGAAAGUAAAUUUGGCAUCUUAAGUUUUAUAGCAAUUAGUUGCAUCAUGAUUACUAGUAUUACACAAAUUAAUUUGUAAUCGGUCACCCAUUGAAUUGUAAACAGUUUAAUAAAUAAAUAAGAUACACUAUCAAAAAUCGUCGAAGUAAAACUUAGUUGCUAAUUGACCAAAAUAAAAUGAUGAUAAGAGGUAGGAGUAAUUCAAAUUCAAAAAAA